GGUACAAAAAUCCACCUGAAGGCAGCAAGGGCAAAGCCCCUCCCCCUCCCCCCCCUUAAAAAGCUGCUUUUUUGUUUUGUUUCCGCCUUCUCUUUUCCAUUGGCUUGCGAGACUCCCCAGAGCUGCGUGGCUGGGCGCACGGAGGAAAAAAAAACUAGAAGCCCCAAAAGUUUUGCUAGCGAGCUCAGCAAGGAAGAAGAAGAAGAGGCCUCGGUGAGUUGAGAGAACGCGGACACCUUCUCGGUUGCUUCUGGCCUCUCUCUGUGCCGCUCAGCUGACAGCUCUUCCCUCUCCAGUUACCGACACGCCACUGCUGGAGAGGGGCGCGAGCUCACCCCACGCGCACGUGGAGAGGGUCCAGUUGUGAAAAGCGCCCCGCGCCCAAUCAGCGAGCGCGCCGCAACCCCAGGCAGUAACCACACAAACAGCGCCUCUCCUGGCUCCUCCCUCCCCCACCCCCCUGCUUCGAUUGUCGUCUGGGUGAAGCAGAGAUCCUUCGGCAUGGUCCUCCGCAGCUCAGAGAUAGAGGGGAAGCCAGGCGAGAGGGGCCGCUGAGGACUAGACAGCGCCACGAGACGCCGAGCGCCGACCGGAGUCGUAUUCACCCUCACGCGCCUCUCUUUCCUCAGCUUCGUCUCGCCCGCAGUAGUAGUAGCAGCAGCAGGGCGCGCGCGCUCCGGAUUAUUGCCACAAGCCCAGGAUGGGGCACUGGACUCUCCUGUCUCAAGCUGCCUCAGCAGCCAGCGGGGAACGCUUCUGGGAGAGGCGUGCGGCUGCCGUCGUCUUCCUGGGGCUAUUGGCUAGCCUCUUAUGUACUGCAGUGGGAGAGAAGAGAGUUUGUCAAGGAACCAGCAACAAGCUGACACAGCUUGCAAGCGUGGAUGAACACUACAAUAGCCUGAAGAGGAUGUAUGAAGGCUGUGAGGUUGUACACGGCAAUCUAGAGAUCACCUACGUGAAUCAUAUAUAUAACCUCACUUUCUUGAGGAGUAUACAAGAGGUGGCUGGUUAUGUGCUCAUAGCAAUAAACACAGUGAAAAGUAUUCCACUGGAGAACCUCCAGAUAAUCAGAGGAAACACCCUUUUUGAAAAUGCUUCAUUAGCAGUUUUGUUAAAUUAUAAUGAAAUGAGGGGACUUGAAGAACUGCCAAUGAGACGUUUAGCAGAAAUUCUAAAUGGAGGAGUGAAAUUCAGCAGCAAUCCUUAUUUGUGCAACAUGGAUAAUGUUCUCUGGGAUGACAUUAUUGAUAAAAAACAUGGUGGUUUUGUAAUGCUUGAUAAACUUGAUGGAAUAGGAAGAUAUUCGGAGGAAUGGUCAAGGUCUGAUAAUAAAACUUGCCCCCAGUGUCAUCAUAAUUGCACAAGAAGGCACUGCUGGGGUGCUGGCCUAGAGAACUGCCAAACAAUAACAAAAGUUGAUUGUGCAGCGCAGUGUUCUGGCCGAUGCAAGGGGAGUGCACCCAGUGAUUGUUGUCAUACCCAGUGUGCAGCAGGAUGCACAGGUCCUAGAGAGAGUGACUGCUUGGCAUGUCGCAAGUUCUGGGAUGAUGCAACCUGUAAGGAAUCGUGCCCACCUUUGCAAGUGUAUAAUCCUAUUGCUUAUCAGUUAGAAGACAACCCAGAUGGCAAAUAUAGCUUUGGAGCAACUUGUGUAAAGAAGUGUCCACAUAACUAUGUGGUGGCAGACCAUGGCUCAUGUGUCCGGGCAUGUGGUGGGGAGUUUACUGAGGUGGAACAAAAUGGCAUUCGAAAAUGUAAAAAAUGUGAUGGCCCAUGUAGCAAAGUGUGUAGUGGGAUUGGAACAGGUGAACUUAAAGGUGUUCUUGCUGUCAAUGCAUCCAAUAUUGACUAUUUCAAAAACUGCACUACAAUAAAUGGAGAUCUCAUAUUUCUGAAAGUAACAUUUUUAGGUGAUGAAUACACAAACACACCUCCUUUGGACCCAAGGAAGCUGGACAUAUUUAAAACUGUUAAUGAAAUCACAGGGUUUUUGUUGAUCCAGGUUUGGCCUGCAAAUGUCACUGAUUUGCAUGCUUUUGAAAAUCUGAAGAUUAUACGAGGCAGAACAAAACAAAUGGGCCAAUAUGCUCUUGCCAUCACUGGCCUGAACAUAAGUUCUCUUGGCUUGCGCUCUCUCAAGGAAGUAAGUGAUGGAGAUGUCGUCAUUUUGAGAAAUGAUCGCCUCUGCUAUUCUAACACGGUGGAUUGGAAGAAACUUUUUGUGACAGAAAAUCAGAAAACAAAAACUUUGAAAAACAGAAACGAAACUGAAUGUGCUUCUACAGGUCAGAUUUGUCAUCCCCUCUGCUCAGAUGUUGGCUGCUGGGGCCCAGGACCCUACCAAUGCUUUUCUUGCCGUCACUUUAUUCGCCAGGGGGAAUGUGUGAAAGAAUGCAAAAUUUCCCAAGGGGAACCACGGGAAUUUGAAAGAGAUUCUGUGUGUCUUCAGUGCCAUUCAGAAUGCAUGGUGCAAAAUUCUACUGAAUUCAAUGUAACUUGCACCGGACCUGGUCCAGACAACUGCACAAAGUGUGCCCACUUUAUGGAUGGUCCUCACUGUGUUAAAACUUGCCCUGCUGGCAUUAUGGGUGAAAAUAAUACCUUAAUCUGGAAAUACACAGAUGAAAACUUCAUUUGUCAGCUGUGUCAUCCAGACUGUUCCCGUGGAUGCAAAGGACCUGGACUUGAAGGCUGUCCUAAUGGCUCUAAGAUCCCAUCCAUUGCAGCUGGAGUUGUUGGAAGCAUCCUUGGCUUAGUUGUUGUAGCAUUGGGCAUUGGUCUCUAUGUGCGCAGGCGUCGCAUUGUUAGAAAACGUACUUUGCGCAGGCUGCUGCAGGAAAGAGAGCUUGUUGAACCUUUGACACCCAGCGGAGAAGCACCAAAUCAAGCACUAUUAAGGAUUCUAAAGGAAACUGAAUUUAAAAAGAUCAAAGUUCUUGGCUCUGGAGCUUUUGGUACUGUUUAUAAGGGACUUUGGAUUCCAGAAGGGGAGAACGUUAAGAUUCCUGUGGCUAUUAAGGAAUUGAGAGAAGCCACAUCUCCCAAAGCCAACAAAGAAAUUCUUGAUGAAGCCUAUGUGAUGGCAAGUGUUGACAACCCCCAUGUCUGCCGUUUGCUGGGAAUUUGCCUCACAUCCACAGUUCAACUCAUCACCCAGCUUAUGCCUUAUGGCUGCCUUCUCGACUAUGUCCGAGAACACAAGGAUAAUAUUGGCUCCCAAUACCUUCUCAACUGGUGUGUGCAGAUUGCAAAGGGAAUGAAUUAUUUGGAGGAGCGCCGUUUGGUACACCGCGAUUUGGCUGCCAGGAAUGUCCUUGUUAAGACUCCUCAGCAUGUGAAGAUCACAGACUUUGGACUGGCCAAACUGCUUGGUGCAGAAGAGAAGGAGUACCAUGCAGAAGGUGGAAAAGUUCCUAUUAAAUGGAUGGCUUUGGAGUCUAUCUUGCACCGCAUUUACACCCACCAAAGUGAUGUAUGGAGUUAUGGCGUCACAGUUUGGGAAUUAAUGACAUUUGGAUCAAAACCAUACGAUGGGAUCCCAGCCAGUGAAAUUUCCUCUGUCUUGGAGAAAGGAGAACGGUUGCCUCAGCCUCCCAUUUGUACCAUUGAUGUCUACAUGAUCAUGGUCAAAUGUUGGAUGAUUGAUGCAGAAAGUCGCCCUAAAUUUCGGGAGCUGAUAGCAGAAUUUUCCAAAAUGGCUCGGGACCCCCAGCGCUAUCUAGUUAUACAGGGAGAUGAAAGAAUGCACUUACCAAGUCCAACAGAAUCAAAACUUUAUCGUACUCUCAUGGAAGAGGAGGAUAUGGAGGAUAUUGUAGAUGCAGAUGAAUACCUCAUUCCACACCAAGGAUUUUUCAGCAGUCCAUCAAAUUCACGGACACCUCUUCUAAGUUCUCUGAGUGCUACCAGCAAUAAUUCUACAGUUAUUACCUGCAUUGAUAGAAAUGGGGGGCACCCAGUGAGAGAAGACAGCUUUAUCCAGCGAUACAGUUCGGACCCAACUGGGGGAUGCCUGGAUGACAGCCUGGAUGAUAGCUUCCUUCCUGCUCCGGAAUAUAUGAACCAGCUGGUGACCAAAGAACCAUCAGCUCCUGUUGUGCAAAAUCCAGUCUACAACAGCUUGUCCCUCUCCAUUGGUCCAAAGCCUGUGACUGACUUAAACCAUCAGAAUUCCUACAGUACAGCACUGGACAACCCAGAGUAUCUCAACACAAGCCUGUCACCUUUUGCUAACACUGUUUUUGACAGUGCCCCCUACUGGGACCAGACAACCAACCACCAAAUAAAUCUAGAGAAUCCUGAUUACCAGCAAGACUUCUUGCCCAGGGAGAUCAAAUCUAAUGGCAUCUCCAAAGUUCCUGCGGCUGAAAACCCAGAAUACCUAAGGGUAGCAGCACCAAAAAGUGAAUACAUUGAAGCUUCAGCAUGACCACUAAGAGAGACUUCCUGUGGUACCAAAAAGAAGGCAGGAAUGCUGGUUGCUGUGCCAAACUAUGGGCAAAUAAAAGAGCAGUCACAACACACCACCAUACACACUUUUUUUCUUUCUGAAUAUGUGUGUUGAUUUCACUCAGAUUGUUUAGGACUUCUAUUACCUGUUUCUGUGGAAGAUGUAAUUUGGGACAUAGAGACAGCAUCCAACAAGCAAGAAAACAUUGCUGCAUUCACUUCUUUCUGAACAAGCUGCAAAGGAUUGGAACCUCUGGAUGAAUUAAUAGCAGCUAUUUGAAAUGUUUUUUAUGAUCUGUAAUAAAGCAUUUUUGGUACUUUUAAGAGCUUUUAUGAUAUCAAGAAGCCUGGAUGAUACUGCUCAGUUACUAGAGAGAGAGAAAAAGGAGUCAAGACAUUUUACUGAGCCUCCUGAGCAGAACUGACCAAACUAAGAUUCCAGACAAAUGUGUUCCUGCGCAUUGGUCCAGAUCUUUAAAUACAAGCUUCAUGGAAUAUUUUGUUGUACAAACCAGGAGAGCAAGACAUUUGGAAAAUGUGGAGAUUCUACUCAAGCUGUUUCUCAAAACAAUGGAAUAGACGAGAGAGAAUCUAAUUAGCCUUGGUCCAUUUAGCAGGACUUGCCUACAGCACUCACUGCCAACUGACCACUACUUUUGGGAAGCCAAAACUCUGCAGACUUAAGGCAUUGUUCAGAAGUGCUUAUAAAGUACUCACUAGACAAUCUUUAAAAUGAUCACUGUAGGCAUGGAUAGCAUUUUGGGUUCUUUGUUUUUCUGGCUCCAUUAUUUUCUCUAGAGUUGUGGAAAAUGAACUUUUUAAACACACACACCAUUUCCACCCACUGAAUUAAUUUUUGUGAAUUUAAAUAGUGAGGAAAUGCAAGGGUUGCAACUUUGGAUGAAGACCUGGUAUAGCUGUACACAGGUUAAUAGAAUUCAUGAAAUUUUCCUGCACAAACCAUAUAGGAAUGAAUGCUCUUACACAUCUCCCAUGUACCAGUGGAGUUUGCAGGAGAACUUGCUGAUCUGUAUUUUCCUGGGGGGGGAGGGACACAGGGUGGAAGAAACUCAGCUGAAAUGCCAAAAGCUGUUAAAAUAAAGGAAAAAUGCUUUUGAUAGUAUCACACCAAAAUACACAGACCUAUAAUUAGAGUUAACUUGUGCAUGAUCAAUAAACCACCAGUUCAUAUACAGCAAUGGUAGAAGAUCAUACUUAUACUUGACCACAGAUGUACCCAUAUAGGGAAAAUGUCAUGUGAAUCCGAGACAGAGAGUGCUCUGGAGUCUGGCAAACUUCCUUUGAAUGGAGAGGAGAAAGUGAUCAACAUGUAAAGUUUGUCUUGAAUCAUCAUUGCCCUUCAGGGAGGUAUAUUGAAAGCACCAUAACUUGUAUGGCCUAAAAUAUGCAAAAUGACCACUAAUACCAUAAAGGCACAUUGUAGCUCUCUAACUUCAUCCCGAAUUUAAUUGGAAUGAAAGUGCUCUUUCUGUUGUCUUAGGAAAAGAAGAGCAACAACCAUAAAUCUGCUGUAGUAUCAGAGAAUAUCUUAAUGAUUUAUGGACUGAAGCCACUAAGCUUUUUGGGGAAUUAGUAUGAUUUUAACACUUUUUUUCUAAAUAAAAUAAAAUACACUAGUUGUGCCCAGUUUUUCUGCUAAGGUUGUUAAUCAGUUCCUCGAAACCUAGCAGAAAUAAAAGCAAUAGCAACUUAGUCUCAGCUUCAUGUCCAUGUAGUCUUUCUCAUGUCUCUAAUACCAAAACAAAUUUCAGUUUAAUUUCACUUUGGUUUUUUAUUGAUUUCGUCUUAGUGAAGUCAGUGUCUUGGAAGGGGUGAGCUUAUAUGGUGAGCUUUUUACAGGAAUAUAAACCAGAUCAUUCUUCUGUGGUAACUUUUUUCUUAUUAAUGGGCCCCCACAUGGUGCAAUCCUUAAACCCUUGUACCUCUGCUUUAUUGGUUUGUGAAUUUGAUCUUAAAACCAUCAAAUAUAUGAAGAAACUAUGUUCAUCCUACCUUGUAGUUUUGUUAGAUUUUCAUCCUUGUGGUUGCUCUCCUAAACUAUAACAACAACAACAACUCAAGGCAAGUCUGAGAAACUUCACUAUUCACAACAGCAGGUUUACAAUAUGCUGUACUCUUUUCUACUUUCAAGGGAUUUAUAGCCCCUCCCAAUGUUACCCUUGCUGCAUGGCUCCCUCAUGCACUACUUGAACUAAUUUCUACACCAUUGGAACAUGGAAGGGUAACCUUGGAAGAAUUACUCUCAUUUUAUUUAUAGUUAAAUUUUUAUACUUCCUCUGCAUGCACACACACACCACAUCCCAAAAGGCUUCAGCAUGACUAUCAUAUUUAGGAUUGAUUCACCCAAGGGUUUUCUCUCCUUUCACAAUCUUCUGAUGGUGACAUCAGCAUGGAAUGCAGUCAUGGACUGUGUCCAAUGUGUGUUGGACUCUGACAGCCACAUAUCCCAACAAGCAUAAGGCAAAAGACCACCUGGUAAGGAGAGAGGUCAGCUGAAUCUAUCUUCAGACGUCUCAUAAUGUUCUGGUGGCUCUGUGGAAGGAGAUCAGCUGUUCAUGUAGGAGCAUCGUACACAGAUGCUAGAGCAUGUACAAUGCAGAUGCACUACAUCAUAAAUUCAUAAUUGGGCAACUGCAAAUCUCUUCAAUUGCAACUGAGAGUGUAGGAGUUGUGGCUAUGACUUUAUUUAAUGCCUUCGUAGUCUUGCAAUGAUUUAACACCCAAAUAGGUUGCUUAAACAGUUCCCAUUUAAAAUGGAUUUUUUCCUGUGGUAUUAAAUAUCAAUAUAGUACUAUAAGAUUCUCACAAGCAAUUCAGCUUUGCAAGGUUUUAUCAUCUUCCAUGUGCAAUACAGGAGGGUGACUAAAGGCCACUCCCCCAUUCCCAUAAUGUAAAACGCAUAUAUACAUGAUCACAUUGGACUAGCCUAUUUGUAAGAUUCCUGUUGCAUUUUGCAACAGGACACAACGCUUCCAGCUAUACCAACUCUGUACAAGAUGCCUAUGAGUAGCUCAGUUUUGCAAGUAGAUGAGAUAUCUUCCACUUGUUUUGCAUGAGGGGAUGCAUCAUCAAUACUGUAUGUAGAAUGUCACAUGCUAAUAUCUGCUUAGGAAUCUCACAUUGAUUCCUACAAGGAGGACUGUGCAAAUUUGGUAAAUUGUGAAGCAGCUAUAAGUGUAAAACUCUGCAUUUCCUGACAAGCAUUUCAUGUUUUGAUUUAGAAGUUGGUUCACUAUGAGCAAUAACACAAAAACUGCUACCUACCUCUUCGAUGUCAGCUGUUAACAUUGCUCUAGCUUUGCUUUGAUUUAUAUUUCUCUGUGAGAAAAUAUUUUAGUUGGGGCUAAGUAAGAAUUGUCUUUUCUGUUUGCACCUCCUUGUUAUGAACUAUGUUAUGAACUAUGUUAUGAACUAUAUAGAAUUCCACUGCCAAAGGUGACACUUUAAAGGGUGGUUUAAUAAUAAUCUUAAAUCACCAUCAAUCGUGAUUUUUCUACUGAAACCCCAUAUUUCUUGUUUUGAUUUCUCAAUAACUUUCUCCUUCUUACCUUUUUUCUUUUGAUCUAGCACUUGAUUUUUUUAAGAAGUCUUUUUAGGGGGGACACACACCCAUAUUUUAAAGAUGUAAAAAUUAGCUUUUUACCUAAAAUGGGCAAUUAGGACCAAAGAUAUUGUUUCAUUUAUUUGUCAUAAAUAAAAGACAAUCUAUCACCAUUUUCAUAGGCUCUCAUUAUUAAUAUUUUUAAAACAGUAAACAUGCAUAGAGCCUACCAUUAGACCACUACUUAACUACUUAAAAUAGUUGAUUAAGAUCUGCCUGUGGCAAUGUCAGCUAUGGGGGUGGGGGGGAUGGGACAAAGACUCAUUAAAGUAAGCAUUCUCCCAUUUAUGCACUGCUUGAGUACAGAUUUCAGCAUUAAAAUAUGACCAGUCUGUAGUUGGCCAAAGGGAUGGUUUACACAGAUAACAAGGUCCAUUCAUUUAUUAAUGCUCAUUUUUUAAUUUACAAUUUGUUUUGAUGGUGGGUAACAGAGUAAAAACAUGACCAUCAUAACUUACAUGUAUCUGCAUUGUAAGCCAUCUGCUUUGGAUUCUACACAUAUUUUCACUUUUUCUAUUUUCUUAAUUUAUAUUCUAGAAAUUGUGGUCAGGCUUUUCCAUUUGGACAAUAAAAGUACACACUCAUACAUAUGCACCUCCAUGACAAUCUUAUUUGUGAGUACUAUAGCAACUGUGAAGACUGACUUAUUACUAAGGUAUAUUUUUAAAAACCUCUUGAAGCACAACUUAGUAGAGUCAAAGCCAAAGAAAGGGUUUAAUGAACACUGCUCCAUUUCAAUGGGAAUUGUACUGGAGCAGAGCAUGGAGAAUUGCUAUGAGAGCAAAAACUCCCAAAAACUCCCAUUAAAAAUGGGCUGGUUAAUCACCACCAUAUUUAAGUUAUAAAUGGCUUUUGCUGCUUUGGGUCUCUAUGUGCUGAAAGGUGGGGGUAAAAAUGUAAUGAAUUAAUGUCUUACUGGUGAUUAUGUGGUUUCAUUAAGGGAAAAGAAAAAGUGAAACUCACAGUACUGUCAAGAGAAUUCAGCACAGAGUUAGCUGCUCUUUGGGUUAAAAAUAAUGAAUCCUGAAAGCUUCAAACAUAGAUUCCCUAGAUUUAGUUUUAGCCUUGUACAAUAAUGCAGUCUGAGGCAUAAUCUAUGGACAGACCUCUUGAAAAUUAAUAAGAAAUGCUUUGUAAAUCCUCACCAACACCCCUUAGUAAUCGGAAGAAAUCUAAUUUUCAUCUCACUUUCUGAGAGUCUUCAAGUUGAUUUAAUGUGAACAAUGUAAGGUCAAAGCUGUGUUCCGCUUGCGGGGGGUGGGGGAAGCCACACAUCAGUGCUCUGAUCCAGCAAGGCAUACUCGCAGCAGAUUUCCCUGCAGGCAAUGUGGACCUGGAUCUGUGGUAUGAUGCCAUCCAAGAGGCCCAUUGAGCUGGCUGACUGUGUCAGAGCUGCUACUUGUACAUGACUAGCACUGAAUCAGAGCCUAGGUGCAUAAAGAUCCUGUGGAACUAAUGUCACGUUUAGAUCGGGUUGCAAUCAGCUUUGUGUAGAGAAGAUUAGUAUAUAUUAUAUAAAUGAUUCAGUUGUGUGUCUUUAGGUAUAUGGUUCAAACCACCUAACACCAUUCUUGUUCAAACCCCAUAGAAAUAAGUGCAGAUUAUGCAGCAGUUGUGGGACUUGUGUCUAGAAACAAUAGUGUCAGCGUUGUAAAUGUAUUAAUCAAUGAAAGCACAAUUUGUACAAAUAAAUAGCACAUUUUGUAUUGUUGAAUUGUUUUUAAUGUUGGUAAAGAAAAAAAUCUUUGUAUAUUGGGUGGAAAAAAUGAGAUGUAUAUAAUUUUCCAUUUUUAUUGUUGUUGAUGAUAAUGGCUAUUGUAUAAUGUAUAAUGUUGGGUGGAGGAGGAUAAUUUUGACUGGCUUAUAAGAUGAAGUUUUGUGGAAGUAUUGAUGAUCUUUGGGUUUUUUUUCCCCUUUUUGAUGCUUAAAAAUGUGCACCAUGGGAACUUAAGCACAUAUUCCAUAAAUGACGACUGUGUUCCUAGGUACACCCACUUGGAGGCAUGUUGCAUUCCUCUUUAAUAAUACUUGCUUUCAAGUAGAAAAGAGUCACAGUGAUAAUUACUAAUGCCCUUCUUCACUUUUUGUGAUAUUUAUCUUUUCCUCCUAUCCAAAGAGCAUCUGUAUCCAUGUGUCAAUGUGUGAUCUUCUGAAAUUUAUCUGCCUGCACCAAUUAGAAAAGUUUUUAAGGUUCCAUAUACAACUUCUGGAUAUGCUUUAUAAAAAUGACUCCAGAUGUACCAAGACCUAUAUCCUGGCAAAUGUCUCCACAGUACAACUAUCAGUAACAGCUGGGAGAAAUAGCAACAUCUGAGAUCAGCUGACUCUAGGAAAUAAAGGCUUCUUAGUUUUAAAUACAGGCUUGUGGAAAGAUAAAAUAAGAAAACUACUUCAUUAGAUCACUGGGAAAAGAGCUCAUCUUUUCCUCAGUACACAACAAAAGUAUAGUGCUUUUAUACCACUUUAGUGGUGAAGUCUUCUCCAUUCCUUCCCCCAUCCAAAGAACCCUCUAAUUCUCUCACAGAACUAUAUGACUAUUAAACCAACUUAAAACUCUAGUGUAGGUGUAUCCUGAGGGUCUGCUUGAUGGACAAUAAGAUAACAUAAGCAGAUGCUUGGGAAAUGUGGUAAUCUAAAAGUAUAUAAAAGCAGCCUGUUGUCAAGGGCAGAAGAAAUAGCAAGAGAUAUAUGAAUCAAGGUGCUCUCUGGAUUAGUCCCAGCUAAAAGAGAAGUCUUUUUUUAAAAAUCCUCUUAGAGAUGAGCUUGAUAACAAAGAGAAAUAGCCACUUAAGUAUGUAUGUUUUUCUUUUAGUCUGUUUUUUCCAAAAUAGGAGCAGCAUAAGCUACCAAGAUUUUCUUUUUAUCAAUAGGCAAUGUAGUCGUAAAUCUUAUAUUCCUUGUUUUCAUAAAUGAAUGUAAUUCAUUAUUGAUGCAUGGUAUUUUCAUUAAAAAAACAACAACCUAUGAAAUAAA